AUGGUAAAUGUUGCUAUCAACGGGUUUGGUCGCAUUGGCCGACUCGUUUUCCGCGCUGCUACUAAAAAUCCGAAUAUUAAGGUUGUGGCCAUUAACGACCCAUUCGUAGCCACAAAGUACAUGCAGUACAUGCUCAAGUAUGAUACAGUACACGGUCGCUUUGACGGUGAGCUGGACCAUGAUGAGAAGCACAUUUAUGUGAAUGGAAAACCAAUUCGUGUGUUUAAUGAGAUGAAUCCUGAAAAGAUCGCAUGGGGUGAGAAGCAUGUUCAGUACGUGGUUGAGUCAACGGGAGCGUUUACAACUCUCGAGACAGCGUCGUCUCAUUUGAAGAAUGGUGUCGAGAAAGUGGUCAUUUCGGCUCCGUCAAGCGAUGCUCCUAUGUUUGUAAUGGGUGUGAACCAUGAAUUAUACGAAAAGAACAUGCAUGUGGUAUCGAAUGCCUCGUGUACGACGAACUGUCUGGCUCCUUUGGCCAAAGUGGUGAAUGAUAAAUUUGGUAUUAAGGAAGGUCUGAUGACGACUGUGCAUGCUGUGACUGCUACUCAAAAGACCGUGGACAGUCCAUCAAAAAAAGACUGGCGAGGUGGUCGUGGUGCUUGCUUUAAUAUCAUUCCGAGCUCAACUGGUGCUGCCAAGGCUGUAGGCAAGGUGAUCCCGAGUUUGAAUGGCAAGUUGACGGGUAUGUCGUUCCGUGUGCCUACGGCUGACGUGUCUGUAGUGGAUCUAACUGCUCGUUUGGCCAACCCCGCUUCAUAUGACGAGAUUAAAGCUGCAAUCAAACAUGCGAGUGAGAACGAGAUGAAGGGCAUUCUCGGUUACACGGAUGAGUCCGUCGUUUCUAGCGAUUUCAUCGGUGAUUCUCGUUCGUCCAUCUUCGAUGCUGAAGCUGGUAUUGCUCUGACUGAUAAUUUCGUCAAACUCGUGUCGUGGUACGAUAAUGAAUGGGGCUAUAGCUCACGUGUACUAGACCUCAUUGAGCAUAUGGUAAAGAGCGAGUAG